AUGUUGAAAUUCGUUGAGAAGUUCCGCGACAAUUCAGAAACGUACAAGAAAUCUGCACCUCUUAAAAAGGAUUGGAUCAACAUUAAUUGGGGUGCUAGAGAAGAGGAAGUCAAGUGGCUGAAUUCGUUCAGCCUCGAAGAGGGCACCAAAAAGCAUCUUCGGAUUCUACUCUAUGGACCGGCUGGAAGUGGGAAAUCCAGUUUCAUUAAUUCUGUUGACAGUGUUUGUCAGAACAGGAUAACCUAUCCUGCAGCGGUCUCCAGCAGUGGGGACACCUGGACUACCAUGUACAAAACACAUCAAAUCCAAAAAGGGAUUGCACGCCAAUAUCACCCAUUCGUCUUCAACGACGUCAUGGGCUUGGAAGGCAUCAGAGGAGUCCGUGAGGAGGACAUCAAACACGCCAUGCAAGGACACCUGAAAGAGGGUUACAAGUUCAAUGCUAAAUCUCCAUUGCAACCGUCCGAUGAAGGCUACAACAAGAACCCUGAUAGAAAUGACAUGGUAGACAUACUUGUCUGUGUUGUUUCUGCCAACGCUUUGCCUAUGAUGAAGGAUGAUACCCUGAACAAGAUGAAUGUCAUCACAACAGCUGCCAGAGACUAUGACAUUCCACAGAUGGCCAUUCUGACAAACAUUGAUGAAACCUGUCCACUCGUUAAAAAAAGCAUUACAAAUGUCUACAAAAGCAAGCGCAUCAGGAGGAUGAUGGAGGAGCUCCAAAGUAAGCUGGGAAUUCCUUUGACCAACAUCUUUCCUUUGAAGAAUUACCAUGAAGAACACGACUUGAAUAGUGACAUUGAUAUGCUGAUACUAAAAGCACUGAGACAAAUUAUUCAAAUCGCAAAUGACCGCUUAAAUAAAGCUGAAGGUAGUUGUUUCUACUUGGGCAAAGAAUGUGCCCCAGUAGUUUGUUAGCCUGCUUGAUGCAUUGUGGCGACCGUGGACGUGCCGAGUACCGCAAAGGAUCCUGGGAAGGUUCUGACUGUCACUUGUUUGCGUGUAGCGCCUCCUGGGUCCUUUGGGGUGUGGCAUUGUGUGAGGUGUAGUUAAUUAUGUACACUGUAAAGAAUAAAAAGUUGAGAAAACUCAAAAUUGCAAGGCAACUUACUGCAAUCAAUUUUUGAGUUUUGAGCCCAUCAAAAGAUAAUUUUCUUCUUUAGACAAACUUGAAAGUUAGAGUUAUACCAACUAAGAUUUUUAUAUUUUACAAAACUCAAAAAAAUAA